AUGGAAGGGCAGUUCGACGUACGGCUGCUCAUCGCGCUUCACCAGAAGACCGACUGGGGUCGAGGAGAAAGGGCAUGGAUCCGGGGCCGCGAGGAAGUGGACCUUUAUCACGUCCGCUGUUAUGCAUCGCUUCCCCGCCCAUACCGCUUUUACGUAGGAGCGAGUUGGGCAGGCAAGCCUCCCGAUCCGCGUGGUCCGCGCGUGAAAAGCGUCCCUUUCCAUGCGGAGAGUGCGAUAGGAAAGUGGCGGGAUACGACCCUAGGCCGGCCUAACUCAAGUGCAGGAGCGCACAUAGGAGAAGACUUCUUCUACGUACAAGACAUGCGAGAUAAGUCGGGCAUCUCCAUUGGCAUAGCAGACGGUGUUGGGGGUUGGACCGAAUCAGGCGUGGACCCCUCGCUGUUCUCUCAAGCUCUCAUGUACCAUGCACAUCGGUAUUCCAAAGCUGCGUGGCCUGGUGAACCCGAAGUCGAUCCCAUGCAAGAGUACGAAGAGCGCGAACAAGUCGAGGGCUGGGAACUAUCACCGCGAGAAUGCUUAGAAUCGGCAUACGGCGGCGUAUUACGAGAACGAGGCGUUGUUGCUGGUUCAAGCACCGCGUGCAUCAUCACUCUAAAUGCGUCGACGGGAGUAUUACGCGCCGCAAACUUAGGUGAUAGUGGCUUCGUAGUGAUGCGAGGAUCGUCAGUCGUCUACCAACAACGGUCGCAGACACAUUUCUUCAACUGCCCGAAACAACUGUCCAAACUGCCAACAUCGCAGAAGCGUUUCCCGAGAGCAUGUGUUGAUCAUCCAAGUGAUGCAGAUCUUUUCGAGCUCAGACUGCGACACGGUGAUAUUAUAGUUGCUUACACUGACGGACUGUCUGACAACGUGUUUCCGUCGGAGAUGGUCGCCAUAUGCUCACUGGUGUCUCGACAAUUCCAGCUUUCGAAGCGCACGCUUACCCCCACCGGCGAGAUGGAGGUAGAGACCAGCAACGAAGAGCUGGAAGUACAAGCGAUGUCAGAGCGAAUCGUGGACUAUGCUCGAAUGUGCAUGCACAACCGGAAGAGGAUCAGUCCAUUCGAGCGCGCUGCUGCCCGCGAGGGCAUGUACUUCCGAGUCGUCGUUGCGAUGGUGAGCGAGGUCAUUUAG